AGCUAAGCUAGCUGGUUUGUGUUUCUUGUCACCAUAACCUAACACUCUCCCCCCUUCUCUCACUCAGCUGAGGAAACUCAUUGAACCAGAGAAACCGAUAGGAAAGAGAAGAAAAGAAUCGAUCGGAGGAAGUGAAGAUGGCCAGCGCAGUGGACGCAGCAGGAGAUCCAAUCCCAACAUCGGCAGUUCUGACGGCGGCGUCCAAGCACAUUCAGUUCCAGUGCCAAGCCGAGAACGUGGCUUUUCUCAAGUGCAAGAAGAAAGAUCCGAACCCUGAGAAGUGUCUCGACAAAGGUCGCCAAGUCACUCGAUGCGUUCUUAGCCUGUUGAAAGAUCUUCAUCAGAGGUGCACGAAAGAGAUGGAUGCUUAUGUUGGAUGCAUGUAUUACAAUACAAAUGAAUUUGAAUUAUGUCGCAAAGAGCAAGAUGAAUUCGAGAAAAAAUGCCCAUUGGCAUGAGGACAUGCAUGCCCUUUUAUCCCACCAUUAUCACAAUAAGAUGGGCAGCUUGCAAUGAUCAGAUAUUGUUGCGUACAAUUCGAAUUCGUCUUGGUUUUAGAUCUGAGCUAUUUUCCUAUUUGUAUGCCCAAAUUUCGCUCUUUUGAAGCAUGUUUGAUUAGUUCUAUUGCAGUUGGAGUUGUUGUACCUUGCAUCCAUUGUAAAGGCAUAAUGGGCUUUCAUUAAGCAAAGUGCAGAAAUGGCUCCUUUUUUGGUUCCCGAA